UGGAACGUAAAUGACACGUCGUUUCGUAUUCUAUCUCACACUGCCAAUAAACGUUCAAACUAACCAUUGGAGGGAAGUGCACUUGUAACCGUGUUGCUUAGCACGAAGCUUGCUUCGAUAUUUCUUCGAUACUGUUCUCGACCGUAUAAAAGAACGCGUGUUAAGAAAACGAAAUAAAUUAAGGUUUCUUAUUAAUCGGUAGACAUAGAGGUGACUACAGAUUGUCUCCAAACAAACUUAAUCGUAAUCAUCUGGAACUUGUCCACGGACUAACGUCAACAAAUACAUAAACACAAUGCCCCCUGCACCUAGUUCUACUUCGGUCGGAGCCGCUGGUCGCUCGCCUAGCAAAGCUAUAGCACCUAGAACAGGUGGUGGUGGAACUGUUAGGCAGAGGAAAACUACUUCAUCCACUUCAACCAGAAAUAGGAAUACAGGAGCUGGUUCCGGUGGUAUGUGGAGGUUCUACACGGAUGACUCCCCUGGUAUCAAAGUAGGACCAGUACCCGUACUUGUGAUGUCUCUCCUCUUCAUUGCUUCUGUAUUCAUGCUUCACAUUUGGGGCAAAUACACUAGAUCUUAAGUUGAAUUGCGAACUCCAUAUAGAAUUGGAGUAACCACAGAGAAAUGUUACGGUAUAUUUAGGAAAAUCUACAAAAAUCUAAGUUUCUAAUUCACUGAGGUAAAGGGGGAGUUCGAGCAUUACUCGAGAAGACUUACUAUGCUUUUAAUAUCAUUUCUCAAUUCAUUUAAAUGGAAUCAACUACUUCCCACAAGUUGCAUUUUUGUACAAUGGAUCUUCUACAGUUCCACUGUAAUUGUUUACUUUCAUCAAAACCGAAUUUUGUAACAUUUGUAAGAUGUCUUGGAGCUAAUUGUAUUUACGCAUAAUGUACGACGGAGAUAAGACAUACUCGUUAUUGUUUGUAAUGUUACUAUUAAUAAUAUAAUGUACAAUAUUAUAAU